CUCUUGCAGAUUUUUGGAUCGAAAAAGGGUAUACCCAUUUAUACUGCAAACAGAUUACAACGUUUUGCCCUUAUUCUGCAACUUUAUGAUUUUGAUAUCGAAUACAUCCGCACCGAUAAUUUUGGAAAUGCUGAUCUACUGUCUAGGCUCAUCAGAACGCGAUCUCAGCCGGAAGAAGAAUACGUCGUAGCGACCAUUGAGUUGGAAAAGGAUGUACGAUCGGUCGCUGUAAAUUCAUUAAGCUCGCUUCCGCUAAACUUCCAGGACGUCGUAUCACACACCCAAGCAGACAGCGUAUUGCGUAGUGUUUAUCGCUACAUUCAACGAGGGUGGCCGCAGCUUUCAGUUCUGGGACAGGAGUUGGCUCGUUACUACCACAGGAGAGAGUCGUUGUCAACGGUAGACGGAAGUAUUUUGUUUGGAGAAAGACUAGUCAUACCGAGAAGGCUGCGGGAGAGAUGUUUGGAGCAGUUCCAUCGCGGGCAUCCAGGUGUGCAACGGAUGAAGGCACUUGCCCGCAGUUACGUGUAUUGGCCGUCCAUGGAUCAGGAGAUAGCUGAAUGCGUUGGUGCCUGUUCAGCAUGCGCAGCAGCAGCCAAGUCGCCGCCACAUGAGAACCCAGUGCCAUGGGUCAAGUCAACUUUGCCGUGGGAGAGAGUACACAUCGACUAUGCGGGUCCUAUCGACGGGGACUAUUUCCUAAUAGUAGUCGACGCUUGUACUAAAUGGCCGGAGAUCAUAAGAACAACAAGUAUCACGACGUCGACAACGGUUGCUAUCCUGCGUGGUCUAUUCGCUAGAUUCGGAAUGCCGACCACCUUGGUCACGGAUAACGGAACUCAAUUCACCAGCGAAGCAUUCCAAGAGUUCUGCAAGGCGAACGGGGUGGAUCACAAAAGGACAGCUGCUUUUCAUCCUCAGUCAAAUGGGCAGGCUGAGCGAUUUGUCGACACAUUUAAAAGAGCUCUGGACGACUCCAAACGCGCAGCUAGAAGACAGGAAAACACCGGCAGAAAAGAUGUUCGGAAGAGUCCUGCGAACAAGCUUCGAACUGCUGCGCCCUCCGACGAAGAUGCCUCAACAGUCUGCUGAACGCGCAAGAAGUUUUGAACCGAACGACAUGGUGUACGCAAAGGUGUAUAGGCGUAAUACGUGGAUCUGGGUUCCGGCAGUUGUUGUUAAAAGAUGUGGGAGUGUAAUGUAUCUAGUCAAAAGCGAUAACCAACGAGUUUUUAGAAGCCAUGUUAAUCAGUUGCGUCGAAGGGUUAUCGCUCGUGAUCGUGGGUUGGUGGACAGCGAUCAUCGCUUACCAUUGGAUGUCCUGCUGGAUUCCUGGAGUUUAUCGUCAUCGUCAUCACCAUCUGUGUCAUCGUCUUCGUCAUCGUCAUCACCAUCUGUGUCAUCGUCUUCGUCAUCGUCAUCAUCGUCUACGUCAUUGUCAUCGUCUUCGUCAUCACCGUCAUCAUUGUCAUCGUCUUCGUUAUCACCAUCAUCGUCUUCGACAUCACCAUCAUCGUCUGCGUCAUCGUCUUCGUCAUCGCCAUCAUCAUCAUCGUCUUCGUCUUCGUCAUCACCAUCAUCAUCUGCGACUUGGAUAUCGGCUAACUCAUCGUCAUCACAAACAGUGCCGUUACAAACUGCGUCGAAGAUUCCAUUACAACAGCAAACGAUAUCCUCGCCGCCUCCUGCUGAAUGUCAACGAAGCGGUGAUCAUCAGGAAGCAGAGCCGGUACCUCCACCUCGCCGCUCUUCGAGGAUUAGAAGAGUUCCGCGAUGGUUCAACGGGUAUCAGCUAUCUUGAAGGGGGAGAUGUUGCGUACGCAGAUGGAUGUCGCACGACAUGGCUCUCCGGGUUGCUCGCGUCGCGCGACAACAUGCGGAGGUGUGCGUGUCAGGUGCGUAAGAGAGGUCAACGCGGGUCACAGCGAACAGCUGACGUGUCCUGCGUCGCUCGGGGACAGUGUGUCGAUAGCGAGCAACGGGUUAACAGCCAAAGUCGGGCAAGCGGGUUUUAACGUGUAAUAAAUGUUCGUUUAAGUUUUAAAGUGUA